AAAGUUUUUUUUUUUUUCUAAGAAAAUAACAAAACUGGCUAUUGCACAAUUAUAUUUCCUGAAAAUAGUUCAAGUGAAAUUUGCGUUUGUGCUUGUGAUUAAAAAAAAAAAAUACAAAAUUCCUCAAUCAAAGUCAUCAGUUUGAAAAUUCCUUGUUAUAAAGUGAAAGUUUGCAUUUGUAGCAACUUAUCUUUCUUCGUAUCAUGCAAUCUAACAAAAGCAACAUCCUUGGGGCUAUAUUAUUGAGUGUUUUAACGGUUACGUGUGCUGCUAAUAGAGAGAUUAUCAAUAAUUCACCACAAUUUCAAGAAAAACCUAAUUGGUUAAAAACCUGCCCAAGAGCAAAUCCAAACGAAAACAAAUGUUUUCGUGAUCUAUUCGAAGGAUGUUUUCCAGCUCUAGCAGCAGGAAUUCCUGAAAUUGGCGUUAAAAGCUUUGAACCAUUGCACAUCGAUGCGGUAUCUGUAUCGAAAGGAAGUGGAAAUUUAGUACUAGCAGGUGGUUUUCAAAAUCUGAUUGUUAGAGGUCCAUCUAAUGCAACUGUCCGUAAAGCAAGCUUAGACUUGGAGAAAAAACUUUUCAAUUUUGAACUAGAAAUUCCAAUUCUAAGAAUUAGAGCUAAAUAUAAUUUAAAAGGUAAUAUUCUCCUCUUGCCAGUGGUUGGUAAUGGCGACGUAAAUAUGUCUUUGAAAAAUGUCCGAACUGCUGUCUACACGAAAAUUAAUCUGCGAAAUGAUCCAGAAGAAAUCAUUCACAUUGAAAACAUGAAAGUUACAUUCUUAGUUGGAAGCAUGCGUAUUCAUCUGACAAAUCUCUUCAACGGCAAUGAAAUUCUUGGAACAUCUAUUAAUCAAUUUUUAAAUCAAAAUGGCAAUGAAAUUAUAGCGGAACUUAGACCCGAUCUGGAACUGGGUUUAGCUGACAUAUUUAUUGGACUUUGGAAUAAUGUUUUCUCAAAGCUUCCAACCAAAUUAUGGUUACUGUGAUUUUAAUAAUAUUUUAAUUUGUGUGAUUGUUAGAGCAUUUAUUUAAUUUAAUCAUUUUUGUAUUUUGUAAAUAUUUCCAUCAGCACUUAGGAUACGGAU